AUGUCACUCUUCACUUCGUAACCUAUAGACCAACAUUAUGAGUACCACGCACCGCGUCCCACCUGUUCUCCUGUGGACUACACUUGCGGAGACAAAGCUUUUCCUGUCUACAAAGAGAAAACCUGUCCAAAGGAGUAGCCUCGGAGUCCCCGCGGUGUCCGAUUUGACAUGCAUUGGGGCAGGAAGAGCUCAGAUGAUUUCUCCACCCACCCGUCACGGGUAUUCGUCUUCACAUGCACACUCUUGGGACCUGGACUUUAUCAAUACACAGAUAGUCUCAGGUUGCCGCCCAGAGCCUUCUUGCAUCGCUUCAGAUGAUGAGUGUAAGAAGUUGACAGGAACGCAUGUUAAUGUCUUCUUAUACUCGCUCACUCGCACAGCCUAUAGAGAAGACAGCGUUCCCGAUCAUCCUACCGCCGUCGGGAAAUAUGCGGAUUAUCAUAAAAGUUACAAGGCUUGACCAUCGAUUUGUAGCCAAAACUGCUUAUCGUGAUUUUCCUGACGACUACGCACGGUAUUCUCACAUGACCCCAUUAGGAGGAUCUUCAUAAUGUCGUGAAGAGGAAAGGCUCGACAAAUGCGAUUGACAGAAACCUUUCAAAAUGCCAGGGCUACCGCCCAAACCAGGAUAUGAUCGGAGCAUCUGCUCUGUGUUUGAUUAGUGGCAUUCUAGGAUACCCGUCUCCUUGAAGAUCAGUCUUUGCAUUGACAGUUCAUUCACAGUCUUCACAGUCUGCUGGUUUGCGACUGGAGGCUGGGCGGCUCCAUCCAAGGCACUGUGUACCACGUAUCCUUGUGGCUC